AUCGACUCUAUGCCCUGCCCAGCAGGCUCAGGACAAAGGCGGCUGCGUUUCUACCGCCACAGCCGUCCCGCCCGGGCUAGGCGGAGCCGUACCGGAGCGCCGCUCCCUACCCGGGACGAGCCGCCCCUGCCCGCCCGGCGCUUUAACCGCCCGCCGUGGGUGUGGGCUGGGCUCAGUGCGCAUGAGAGCAGGGUCGACUCUUCAGCAGAGCCCGCUUUGGGUUUGAGGUUACUCCUGGAACCGGCUGUCCUUCGUCUGGUGUCCUUCCCGCACCCCGCUUUGUCCCCUCGCUGCCCCAGACAGGAGAGGCGCGGACUUCUGCCCGCAGCAGGUAGUGAAGGAGAACUCUGUAAGGAGGAAAUACAUCCAUCGUACUGCAUCAGCUAUCUUUGAGCAGUCUGUAACAAGAGUGGCACGAUGAAGACGUGUCAUGGGCCAGUCUGUUUUGUUUAGCUCUGAUCUCGUACAGCUGGCUCUAAGAUAUGAGCACAGCUAGCAACCCUACGUAACGUGCUGAUGGCAUCCUGCGCUGCGCAGGGAUCAGGAAGUCCAGCAGGGUGUAAUGCCUAGAAAUCUCCUCUCAGAUUUUCCUGACGUGACAUCCGAAAUCUCUCCAAAGCACGUGGCUGGGAGCAUGGAGAGGGGCGGCAGCAUGGAGAACCGUGGCAACCAAGCGAGGUGCAAAAAUCUUGCUAUGGAUGAUGAGAGUAUGAAGUACCUAACCCACGAAGAGCAGGAUGUUCUCAUGUUCUUCGAGGAAACUAUAGAUGCCUUAGAAGAUGACUUGGAGGAACCAGUCCUACACGACAGUGGCAUCCACUGUCAGUCUUCAAGGUCAACGGAAGAGAACUUGUCCAGCCAUUCGGAGACCGAGGAUAUCAUUGACUUAGUGCAGUCAACGCCCGAGAGCAGUGACCACGAAGGCCCUCCUAGCAAAGAUGUGGAACCAGUGUUGGAUGCUACCUUGCGAGCAGAGAGCCCUAAGCCAGCUGCACCUGCCGACCUUCCCUUGCAUCCCUCGGAAUCGCAGCCACUGACCUGUGAGACUCCUCCUCUUCCUCCUCCACCCCCUCCUGCCGUGCAGCAUCCAAAAUUGCUUCGCUCGAUCCCCACCCCGCUCAUCAUGGCCCAGAAGAUGUCCGAGCAGCAAAUGGAGAGCAGGGUGCGCUUCCCAGGCAACCUCAAGGAAGGGAGCUUGGACAGGAAGAAGACCCCUGUAGCCAACGGUGACUAUUUUGCAGCUCCAAAGCACCCUCCGGCACCCGCCCCCAAACUGCACCGAUUUCCGAGCAACAUCAACAUAACAAAUGUCAGUGGCAAGGAAUUCAACGAGACCAUCUCCAAAGCAGCCGUUAACGUACAGGAGCGGAGAGCUCAGGUGCUGGCCAACAUCAAUGGCGGAGCCUUUCUGGCAGCAGAACUGGAGGAGAAGCUGCAGAAAAACGACUUCUUGUCGCGCAACAGGAGCUCUUCUCUAAGGGAUCUCUCCUCCGAGCAAGCACGCUACGAGGCCCUGACAAAACUCGGUCUCGUUAAGGGGAAGCCAGCUCAGGACCAAGCAGAUCGUGCCCCGAGCGCUCAGUGUCUUGAUGCGCAGCCCAAGCAGGCAGACGCCGUUCCCAAUGGGUAUCAAAACAUCCACGAGGUCUUAAAAAGCGAGCCCAGCCCUUUCCUUCCUAUGGGCAAAACUGUAACAAUCAAACCAGAGGGAGCUCUUGCUGCUAACAAGGUCGCUCAGCAGAACGCAGCGAAGGGCUUUAAUGAUUACAAACAACCUAACCUCAGCCUGGAUAUGAGAAGGAGGUCGGGUUCGCUGCCCAGACCCUCGGGAUUUCGGUCGCAAGGGAUCACGGUCAAGUUCUCUGGACGUGGCUCAACAGAAGAAGCCAGGAGAGAGGCACUCCGCAAACUGGGACUGCUCAAAGAGACUGCGUAACGGGGAGGGGGACGUUGUGGCAUCGGAGGGGAAUCCGAGCUUGGCUUUGCGCUACAGCAAUCCCAACAGGAUUGGGAUCAGAUGGUUUGGAAGACGAAAGGGGAGUUCUCUGCUUCGGGCAAGCUCAGGAGGUACUGGGACUGGAAUGACUGCUGGCGCUUAACGCAAAGCCUGGCAGCGCGUAACACCGAGUACAGGGCUGGGUUUCAGCCCGCCAUCCUGCAGAGAUGCUCGCCUGUUACUCCUUGUGACUGAGAAAUGUAUUUAAGUAGUGCUGGCCUACAGCAGGGCGCACCGCGUUAGGGAAGUGCCCCGUGCAGUGUUGUACGGAGCACGCUGAACGGAGGAGCCUCCUUUUGCUCUUUUUCUAAAGCCAAAACCGAGAGCUCUGUUUUGCACACGUGUCCGUCUGUCCGGGGAGCUCGAGAUGGGUCAGAACUGACAUUUCUGGCCCAGGUGACGCACUUCUGUGUUGUUUUGUUGUCUGUAUUAUCUGGCUUUGCUUUAUUCCCUCACCUGUGGUGAAGGCUGCUGCUUCCUUGCUCAGCGCCUGCU